AUGUAUGAGAGUAUUUCACUUCGGCGCAGGCCCAUGCUGUACGUGGUCAACCUCUUGAUUCCCUGCUGCUUCCUCAUCACAGUGGACCUCUUCAGUUUCCUGCUGCCUCUUCAAAAGGUUGACCGCUCUUUGUUCAAGAUGACCCUCAUCCUGGGCUACACUGUCUUUCUGAUGCUCAUGAACGACACGCUGCCUAUCACAGGAAAUACAAUUCCCCUAAUUAAUGUGUUCAUGUCCCUUUGCCUGGCUCUGAUGGUGGUGAGUCUUCUGGAGACCACUCUAAUCACAAAUCUGCUGCACAGUUCAAAGAACUACUCAGAGGUUCCUUGCUGGAUACGAUUGCUAGUCAUUCACAUAAUGGGACGCCUGGUAUGUCCACACAGCAUGCUUCUGAGAGCGCAAAAUUUAAAUGAAAACUAUUCAUUCUCAUCUGCCUCUUCUACAACAGACCUGACCGAUUCCACUCAGAGAGCAGGUGAGAGAGAGGUCCAUGAAGCUGAGGGGUCUUUGGACCAGGACGAGGCCGUAGAGGAGCUGAGAAGCGUGGCAAGAGACCUCCGAGUCAUCCGGAUGAAAUUGGAAGAGGAGCUGAAUGUGAGCCAGAGCACAGAGGAGUGGAUCCAAGUGGGUUUCAUCAUAGACCGCAUGUUGUUUAGCGUCUAUGUCAUCUUCUUAUCAGUUAGCUUCGUCAGCAUCAUUGUCAUAUGGGUCGACUCGUACAACCAGCCUCAUGAUAUUACUUAGAAAUUGGCAUUUUGUGCGUUUAUCAUGCGGUUGAAUUUAUUGUCCUGUAAUGUCUCAUUUGCAUAUGAAAUGUACAAGCAUAUAUGCCAAACACUUGUUCAUAAGUUUGUUUCAUUUCUGUU